AUGCUGCCCUCAUGGAUAAAGACUCCUUGCACACAUGGCUUCCACGAGUUUUCAAGUCUUACAACAACUGCUGAGAAGCUGAGCAAGAAGACCAAGGUGAAGCGGCAAAGGAAGACCAAAAUGGCGGAUGGAAAAUCAACCAAACAGCAGCAAAAACAUCUCAAUCAGAAAGAAGCAAGCUCCGACGAAGACGAAGAAUGGCCAUGUCUUGUUUGUGGUGAGCUCUUCCGCAACAGUAGAGCAGGAGAGAAGUGGAUUCAGUGCACUGUAUGUCAGCUGUGGGCCCACGAGGAAUGCACACCUGGCGAAAGGGGAUACAUCUGUCAGAACUGUGAUUGA